GCGUCGUCGAACGCCAAGGCCAUUGGCCUCUUCAGCAAGAUCACAGCGCGACGCCUGUCUGGCGGAGCACCCGCAGCCAUGACCAAGCCCCACGCGGCACCCAGCGUCGUUGCACGCCUCAACGACAAGGUCACGCUGGCAGAGACGCACUUUCCCGACUUUUUCGAGAACGUCAAGCAAGCAAGAACGACCAAGCGCGCCCAAGGCGGCGCUGCCAUGCGAGGCACCAACACGAGUGCGCAUCUUGGCGCUGUGCCCAAAUGGAGCACCAACAACGACCCGUCACAGCAGCCGACGACCGCCCGCGUCCAGUCCUCGGUGCGCAAGCUCAAUGCUGACAAGAGCACGUCCAGAUCCUGGAGGGACGCCAAGGCGCUACCAGAACCCACUGCAAUCAAGCCGCUCGCAGCCAAUCUCCCGGAGCGACCAUCGACUGCCGGCCAGCUCAACUCGAACAACCGCGAAUCGGACCCGUCACUCUCGUCGCUGAAAGGCUACGUGCGUGCGGCGCACGAGAAGCUCCAUCCGUCAGCCUCCAACCCCACCGUGCCAGGCAAACCGUCCUUUGGCGCCGACUUUGCGCGGCAACAAGUGCCCAAGCAGCUGCGGCCAACCGCGUUUGAAGCCACCAAGUCGCCGUUCAAGCAGGACCUGCGUCCGUCCGCAUCACAAGACCACGCGCCAAGUCCUCUUUUCCAGCCGAGCGAAAAGGUCGAGAGUGGCGAAGCCGACAUUUGCUUUGCCGAGACGCCCGACAUUCCCGGUGUGCCCGUCGUGUACCGGAGUCAGAAAGCGCGACUAAGCGACCCGGAGCGCCUCAAUCUCGACCGGCGUUCGCUCAAGGUGAUUCCACUCCUUGAGGGCGAGCACAUGCUGCGGCUGCUCAACCUCCAAAACAACGUCAUCAACAGCAUCGACAACCUCCAUGGCCUUCCGAGCCUCAUUUUUCUCGACUUGUACAACAACCAAAUCGAGUCGAUCGACCACUUGCAUGUCGUACCGAAUCUACGUGUCCUUAUGCUUGGCAAGAACAAGCUCAAGCGCAUCCAGCACCUUGAAUGCCUCUCCAAGCUCGACGUGCUCGACCUCCACAGCAACGAGAUUGAAGUGAUGAGCGCACUCGAUCGACUGGUCGAGCUCCGAGUGCUCAACCUCGCGGGCAACCGAAUCCGAGUCCUUGAAAACAUUGCUGGCCUCUCGCUUCUGACGGAACUCAAUUUGCGCCGAAAUGCCAUCGCACUCAUCUCCCCGCAUCUGGGCAAACUGCCCGCACUCCAGCGCCUCUUCCUCUCCAACAACCGGCUCGAGACGAAAGACAGCAUCCUCCCGCUCUUCCAGCUCACGGCGCUCACGGAGCUCCGGCUCGAUGGCAACCUCUUCAACAGCACCGACAGCGCCGAGUACCGCCCGCUGCUCAUCCAGAACUUUGUGUCCUUGCGCAACCUCGAUCUCAAAGUCGUGACGGACGACGAGCGGCGCGAUGCGUUCAGUAUGACGCAACGGGCCACCGAGAAGCGGAGGGAGCAGCAGCGCGAAGAGAACCAAGAAGCACAGCGUAUUCGAGCCAUUACGGCCGUGCGAAAAAAGUGGGAAGAGCGCUUCGAUGUUCAAGAAGGCAUUGACCCGUGGCAACGCAAUGCGUCGAGUCACACCAAAGCACCCGCGCCCACCAUUCAAAUUGGGUUUUCCGAAGUCGAAGUCUCGGAAGAGGCGCGCACGCUGUAUAUCUACGGCGAUGCGCUCGAGGCGCUCGAGUCCGCCAAGAUCCACAACAUCGUGACCUCGAUCGUCUUCAAGUACAUUCCGAUCGCGGUCGUCGUGAGCGCGGUGGCCCAAAGCGGGUACCUCCGCGCGUUUGCGGCACUGCGCCGCGUCGAGCUCGCUUGCAACCAGAUCACGUCGCUGGACCAGCUGCCGUGGAUAGCGCACCUCGGGUCGCACGCCGAAGAGCUCGUCGUGAGCCAAAACCCAGUGAGCAACAUGCGGCUGCUCCGGCCCUAUGUCGCCCAAGCGCUCAAGAAUGUUGUCGUCUUGAACGAUCUCAAGCUCACGGUCGACGACCAGCGCGCUGGCGCCCACUUCUUUGAGGCGGCGCCAAUCGCCGAGAAGCAGCGCAAGCCCACGGUGGACCGAAAUUCAGCCGCGACGCUCGCCGCGUGCCUCCGUGGGGUUGGCAAGCAAGAGAAGCACCUCAAGUCGCUCAAUGCCGAGUGGACCAACCUCGUCCACGCUGUCAUCAAGGAUACAUUAGAAGAGAUUCAGGACAUGGACACGUAUAUGGCCAAGUGCUUGGAUCGCAUGGAGUAGUAGUAGUUGUAGUUAGUACUUUUAGUUGAUGAUGAACGCGCUCUUAUUUACGCUUCGUCCAUCGCGU